AUGGCGGUUGAAUUGAUGGUUGCACUAAAUCGAGGGGGUAAGGGACACCAUCGAGGAGAAGAAGCUUCAUCUAGAGACAGGGGCCUUGGAUGCCAUGAGCGAGUAGUGCUAUGUACAACAUCGCCGGCGGUGGCGCCGUUUGAGCUGUGCUAUGACUCCACGAAGCUGCUGUCGUCGCAUACGGGGUACUCGGUGCCGGAGGUGGACGUGAUGCUGGAGGGCGGGCAGAACUGGACGGCUUUCGGCGACAACUCCAUGGCGCGGAUGAGCUGCGGCACGGCGUGCUUCGCGUUCGUGGAGAUGAAGGGCCGGGGCAAGGGUGCGCUGCUGGCGGUGGUGAUCGGCGGGCUCCAGAUGGAGAGCAGGCUGGUGGUGGUCGACAAGGACAAGCAGAAGCUCAGCUUCAGCCGGCACCUGUCAGCCGAUCGCUUCUCGUGCAGCAACUUCAAUUUCACCAGGGCGGCCUAG